UCAAGCAUCGCGUUUCGUAACAGGGCCAGGUCAGAAGUCCGAUUUUGGCCGCCCCAAAACAGUUUUCCACUGCAAUUAUAUCGACAGUUCGAGUCUGAAAUGUGUCCCGUUUGAAAGUUCUCGCCAAAGGACCUCGCAAAAUGUGCAAAGAUACGCAUGAAAAUCACGUGAAAAGACUCGCGAAAAUUAUGUAAAUGUCAGUGAACGUGAAUUUAUAGUUUUCCUUUUUAAACUGAACAAUUGCAAUAUGAUCGACGAACAGCAUCCCAUGCAGAUUGGAAUGUUUCCGAUGGACAUAAAAUGUCAACAGCAACAGCAACUGGGAGCGAACCAACCGCAGGCUGGGGGCCUCAAUCAACUGCUGUUGAACGGAAAUGAACGCAUGUUAACAACACCAACGACAGCGGCAACAUCGGCAGUGGCAGUGGCAACCGGAAGGGGUAAGGCCAUAGUGGCAGUGGCCCACAAUGACAAAAUGGCGUCAGUCGGCAGAAAUGUCAACGGAAGUUGCAGCAGCAACCACAACAGCAGCAGCAGCAACAUCAGCAGCAGCAACAGCAACGCCAUAAACAAGCAACACCAGCCGCAACAGCAGCAGCAGUCGAUGGGCAUGGGCCAAAUGGCAGGAGGACCUGGUCCACCCAACCAUCCCAGCCACCCAGCACUCUGCAGCCGCAUCACCUUGGGCGAGUGCAGCCUCAAUGGAAUGGACAGCUUUGCCACACCGGCAGCACCUCCAUCAUCGGCAUCCAGCGCACAGCAGGCGUCCCAGGGAAUGGGUGCGGCAUUGGGUGUGGAGCUGGGUGUCAUGGGUGCCAUGGGCAACCAGCUCAGCCAGUGUGCCCACUGCUGCCAGCCCAUUUGCGAUCGCUACAUAAUGCGCGUGGUGGAGAACUCCUUCCACGAGGGCUGCCUCAAGUGCACCGCCUGCUCGCUGCACCUGGUGCACUCCUGCUACGCGAGGGAGGGCAAGCUCUACUGCCGCCUCGACUACGAGAGACUCUACAUCCGCAAUCAUUGCCUGGGAUGUGGCCUCAAAAUCGCCUCCGAUGAGCUGGUGAUGCGGUGCCACGAGAACGUCUUCCACCUGAAGUGCUUCGCCUGUGUGGUUUGUGGGGCUCUGCUGAAGAAAGGGGAGCAGUACGUGGUCAAGCAGGGGCAGCUCUUCUGCCGCUUCGACUACGAGAAGGAGGUGGAGAUGCUGCAGGGAUACGAUUUCUAUGGCGAUGAGCUCUUUCCGCCCAAAUUGGAUGGAAGGCGUGGACCCAAGAGACCAAGAACUAUACUAAAUACCCAACAAAGACGAGCCUUUAAGGCGUCCUUUGAAGUUUCACCGAAACCCUGUCGCAAAGUGAGAGAAACUCUGGCCAAGGAUACUGGCCUAAGCCUAAGGAUCGUGCAGGUUUGGUUCCAGAACCAAAGAGCCAAGGUCAAAAAGAUACAGAAGAAGGCCAAGCAGGAGCCGCCCAGCAAGGGAGCCAGUGACUCGCAGGACUCGCAGGAGUCGCUGGACAGCAGCCUGGCCACCAAGAUCAAGGACGAGGCGCACAGCGACAGUGAGUCGCAGCUGGAAUCGCCCUAUUCCACGACCUCAACCUCGGAUGGAGUGACACGGAUGCGAUGCACCAUUAAGGACGAACAGGAGCAAGUGCCCUUCAACUGCAUGGAGACCAACAAGGAAAAUUGCAACAAGAACAGCGAGCCCAUACUGAACACCAUUCUGGGACUGAGUUAUGCCACAUUUCAGCAGCUAAUGGGACCCUUCGCCCAGACGCCCAUGAUCAAUCCGAUCGACCGGCUAUAUAGCAUGCAGAGCUCCUAUUUCCGGCCAGAGGAAUUGCAGGCCUACGGCGAAUGCGGCGUCAAGGACUCCAUGGAUCACUAGUCUGGCCUCCAGCAGAGGCCUUCGAAUUUUAAGCCCAAAUCAAAAUUAGACCUUGUAAAAUAAAAGAAUGUUAAUGUGCUAGCAAUCGAACUUAAACACACCCCGAUAAAGUAGAUUUUCCCCCUUGGAAGCUGCACCACUUGCGCAAUCACCCCACUUGCUGCACCACCAUCGCAUCUCGGUCGGAAUUGGUGGCUCUGCAGGUGCAGCCUCGAAAUUAGUUCCGCUCGGUUGACAGGCACAGAGGCAUUUGCCACAG